UCAAUAGCAAAUAAGUUGUUUUCAAAACCUUUUGUUGGUGGUUUAUGUCUGCUCAGAGUAAAAUAUUUCCCACUGCAACUGCGGCAGCUUUAAACCCUGCAACCCCGCCCCUCAGCACUAUCACAUGAAUCUGGACUCAACAGUGGAUGUGAAAAAAAAGUUUGGAGGUCUCGCUGAAAUCCUUUUUUCUCCAAGUAGUUUUACAUAUAUGUGGGUUUUUUCACCUGAGGACUUUUUCAGGACAUCGGAAGAGGGUUUUCCCGGCUGUGAUUUCUCCACAUAAUUUUUUUCCCUGCAGGAAUACGGAGAGAGAGAGAGAGAGAGUCAGAGAGGGAGAGGGAGAGAGCGAGAGAGAGAGAGAGAGAGGGGGGAAACGGUCUGGCUGCUUGAAGAUUUGUUUCGACACCACUAAAACUUUGGCGACAUGGACGCGCACCGCGGCGCGCCUCCGGCCGGGCAGCAGAUCGUGCACGUCCGCGGGGACUCGCAGACGGAGCUGGAGGCCCUCUUCAGCGCCGUGAUGAACCCCAGCAAGUCCGCCAGACAGCCUCCCUCUCUGCCCAUGAGGAUGAGGAAGCUGCCGGACUCCUUCUUCAGGCAGCCGGACUCCCGAGGACACUCCAGACAAGCCAGUUCAGAUGGAGGUGUGUGCGGCUCCCUUACUCCUCAUCACGUCCGCGCCCAUUCCUCCCCUGCCUCCCUCCCAGUCAACUCCCUCUCCACUCAAGCAGCAGAUGUAGCAGCUGCACCGAUCAUACCUGAUGACGUGCCACUCCCCCACGGUUGGGAAAUGGCCAAAACGCCUACUGGCCAGCGUUACUUCCUCAAUCACCUGGAGAAGACAACCACUUGGCACGACCCUCGACUUUCGCAGCUUCAGUCGGCUGCAGCUCAGCAUCCCCUGUCUGGGCCUCCGGUCCACUCCCACUCCCUCAGCAACCCAGCACCCACCACGCAACCACAAAACAUCAAUCCAGAGACAGGUCCACUGCCUGAAGGCUGGGAGAAGGCUGUGACUGCAGAUGGAGAGGUGUUCUACAUCGAUCACAGUAAUAAGACCACCUCAUGGGUCGACCCGUGUCUAGCCCAAAAGAUGAACCUUGGCCUGGCUCUGCAGCAAAGGCAGGAAAAAGAAAGGCUCCGAUGCAAACAAGGCCUCCCUCCGCAGAGCACGCAGGAGGCAGGAGGAAGGAACCAGAUGCCUGUUGGGAUGGACCAUGACAGGAACGCACAGACACUCGUCCCUUCUCUGGAUGUCAGGAUCAGAGCCUCAAACCACGAACCCACACUCAAUGGCGCUCACUCUCGCAACGAGAGCACUGACAGCGGUCUGAGCGUCAGCAGCCUUCCCCGCACGUCGGACCACAUGUUGAGCUCUGUGGAUCACAUGGACACUGGUGACUCUGGCGAAACCUCCUCAAUGACCUUACAGGAGUCUAUGCCGGUGCUCCCGAUGUCCGAGGGCGAGGAGCUAAUGCCUUGCAUCCCUGAAGGUCUCAGUUCAGACCUACUGAUGGACAUGGAGACCGUUCUCUCUGGGUCGCACAUGGACAGAGACAGCCUGCUCACCUGGCUAUAGACAGCCGUUGCCACAAAUAUGGCUUGACACCGAAUCUUCAUAACAUGACUGAGAAUUCUGGAGAAUCUUUGGCUUCAAAAGUGGUACAGAACAACAUUGCUAUAUGAUGGAUCCCUUACACUACUCGCACCCUGAGGAAUGAAAAACCCAGACUCUCGCAGAAGGUGGUAAGCUGCUGGUGUUCUCCUCUUUUCGGGCCUGGUUUAACAAAGAUGCAUGACGGAGCAUUUAUAUAUUUACAACACGCCUUUCUCUUUAGUCAUCAGACCCAGAUGAUGUGCCCCAAGUGCAUCACAGCUAAUUUAAGAGUACAUAUUUCUUUUGUUAUACCCACUUGGGUUGUUUGCUGCAAACUUUUAAAAACACAGUGUCAAGUAAAUGAAGUCUGCAUGUGGCAAUUAUAUUAAAAAAAAGAUACUUUCAAGUAGCAUAAAUGUUCCUCAAAAAAUAUCCACAUUGCUCUUGGUUACCUCAUUUAGCUUGUGGUAUAAAAAGACUAACAUGUAGUGCUACUACCUCUUUUAAAGCAGCCUGUAAUGCUCAGUUUCCAAAAUGUUUUUUUUUUUGAGAAGCAUCAGGACUGAGAGCAAGAGAUUAAUCAAAUGAUCUAUCUGGAUUAACACUACAGUGGUUCCAUAAAAAACAAAAAUCCCUGCAAAACAAUCAAAGAUCACAUCACCUCUGCUACACAGGAACAUCAGGGGGAGAGGACGCACCCUAGUGGAGAUAAAGAACACUAACAAGACUUUCCUCUUAAAACUGUCAGUUACACAAGCCAAAAAUCAGUAUUAAAACCCUCAUCAGAGUCACGUUCAAGCCUGCGUGUAAUAUCUUUGAAGUUUUUUAAUUAAGGAGGAUCAGCUUUAUUUUUAAUCACAGUGGAGACUUCUUUCCUAACAAAUCAGAGCCUUCGCAUUUAGAGAAGUAAAGGCGACAGGAUGUGGAGUCUUAACUUUGGGCACUAAAACUAAAAUAAAGUGUGUUUUUUAGGACUUCUAUUUACAGAAAGGAGCACUGGAAUAUAAAGAGGAUGUCUACAGUAAAUGAACACAUGUUCAGUAUAAUGCAAUCCAACACAAGACAGGGUUUCCCCCAAGAAAAUCUGGUCUCCUGAUCGAAUUAGUUAGUAGAUGUUUACUACAGCCACACUAGAUAUAUGGUCUUUGCUGUGUGAUAUCGCAUAUCUACUCCUUCUUUGUUUUAUUUGUAUUGUAUUUAUUUUUAAUGUGUUUAAUUCUGCAGAAAACCUGCAAUAGCCUCAUGAAAUUACUUAUUUAGGGCUUAAUACAGUAAAUUGGACAUAGUUCAAGUUCAAUUAGUAUGUAACUUGUGCUGGGAAUUUGCUUUGUGGAACCGAAUCAACUGAUAAUGAGUCACACUAACCAAAAUAAGCCUGAAUUAUUUGGUUAACUCCCUUUAAGGAACAGGCCUCUGGUUUAGUCGUGUAUUGGAUUGCAUUUUAUUGUCAAGUGUUGCAGUCAUUUUGUCCACUCCAGCCAACGUUGAAUAUAAGCUUCACAAAAGUAGUAUUUAUUGGAGAUUUGUUUUAAUGAACUGCAUGGAUUGUACAGUUGUUAUAUUAUUAUGUCCACCUCGUGUUUACGAGAUGAAGCCCCAGAGUUGCCAUCAGGGCAACUGGAUGUUAUCUCUCCUUAGUGUGCAGCGGAGAUUUUAGCUCUAAGCGGUUCAUACCCUGGCCCUGAAACAUAAAUGUUAAAUAUUAAAUAACCCUUAAUUUUUUAAUACAUUCCUAAUACAUUUAUUUUAAAAUUAUUAUUGUUUUUUUUUUUUUAAGGCAGAAUGAGUAGGAUUUCUGGUUGGCGUUUCACCUCACUAUAUUUUCAUUUUUCGCAUGCCCUGUCCACCAUUUUCAUAGCUUCCUCUGGAUAUAAAUGUAUACUAUUAAUUUACACUAUGAUGUUUUUAAAGAGGGGGGCUACACACCAAGUGCUCAAAGACUGAAGCACUGAAGUGUCCCGAACACACACUAAAUUAAAAUUUAAAAAAGAGACAAGAAUUAUCACCUCACAGUUUGUUGUCUCUGCAAGUUGCAGUUUACAUCCAUGUCUGUCAGAACUGUAGACUGUAGACUAUGCUUUAAGUAUGAAUAUUUUUGUAAAGAUGUUACAAAUUCUAAAACAUGGAUGUUUCACACACAUAUUCACCCUGAUAGGUAAAAGAUCAAACAAUUACGGAUGGCUAAAAAUAUGUUUUUGCAGAAUUUUAUGACGUCACAUUGACCUUUUGUGUAGGAAUUGUUGAGCUAUGGCCUAAAAAAUGUGUUUUGUAUGUCACAAUGACCUCCCCCAAAAUCUAAUCUGUACAUCUUUGAGCCUAUGUGGACGUUUGUGCCAAGUUUAAAGAAAUGAUUUCCUUUAUAUUUCUCUUUAAGAGAGGGAUAUUUUUCCAUCUAGACUAUGGGAAAUACUACUCAUUGUGCCUUUAAUCAUCUGUUCAAUCAGAAACACACAAAGACACAAAAUUACUUUGCAGAUAAUUAAAAACUUGCUUGAGUUACAUAAUGGCUGUGUUUUUGUGUACAUCUUCAACAACAGAAAACAUCAAAUUCAGAAUGACUAUUUAUUUAUAAAAAACGUUUACCAGUUCAAACAUUACAUAUAUUGGCUUUUUAAGGUAUUCAAUUGAAUGAUGAUUUGCAAAUAAAUGCAUUAUGUUUUUAAUCAAUAGAUUAAUCAAUCAUUUUUAGAGCAUGGUAUAUUGUUAAAGAAACUGAAGUGUAUCGCAGUAUUGUCAUCCUUUACUUUAAAAAAUUACAACAUACAUCAUUAUUCCUAGUGCAUAAAAGGAUAAAUGACCAUAAAUGCAGUACAAUAUUACAAUCAUCUCUUCAAAAUAUUUUCUAGCAAAUACAAUAUUUAAUUUCAACCCAUUAAUGGGUAAAAAAAACAAAACGUUGAAUAUCAUGAAAACACAGUAAACCUCCUCCCAUGUCUUAAUAUUUAUGAAUAACUAACUUAUUUAAAAAGUAAUUCUAUGCUGCUUAUACAUUUUCAUAAAGGUAUGGAUUAGAUGCCUGAAUUGAAGGAAAAAAACACAUCCAAGUUUCUAGAGCAGAGCAGCAUUUCUUGCUUAAGCAGUGAUGUAAAAUUGUCAUAAAUACACUAAAACAUGCACAAUCACUGCUAGAAUCUUUUUAAAUAUAAUCCUGUAAUAAUCAAUGCCAUUAAGAUAUUCGUUUGCUACCACUCUAAGGAGUUAUAAUUUUUUGUUUCUGUUUGUGGCUCCAAAUUUUCCACUCAUAAAGAGCUGUUUUGUAAGUUUGAAGGAGGACAAUAUUUGGAGAGUCAUGGCAUUAAGUCAAGCGCCCUGUUGUGCCUCCUCAGUAAAGCUACAUACUAAUUGCAGAUGCUGUGUCCUUUGGUAUAUUUUGUACUUUAAUUCUCCGCUUUUAGUUAAACCAUAUAAUAAGUAUGUAAUCUGUUGUUGUUUUUAAGCAGCAGGGUUGUUUCUGCAGUGUGUUUUUAUAUUUUAGCAUUUCUUCUAACCAGCUUUUUAUAUAUAUAUAUAUAUAUGUGUAUAUAUAUAUAUAUAUAUAUAUAUAUAUAUAUAUAUAUACACACACACAGUAUUUAGAGGUAAAGACUUCAUCCCCACAUAAAGAGCCUUGGUCACCUAAGCUUUUCUAAUUUAAUUAAAUACCAUCGGGCCUAGAGCGGCUUACUGUUCAAACACAUAAUGCAACACACUACCUAGCUUUUUAUUUAUCUAAGCAUGCAUGACACUCAAUAUGUAUGUUACCUAUAAUGAUGUUUAUUAUCCUAUUUACAGAGAGUUUGGAGGCAAUCAGACUUGUUUUGUACCUUUUUAUGCAUGUGCUUUAUAUAAAUAUAUUUCUUCUUACUCGCACUGUAAUCAUUUUAAAGGAGUUCCUGUUUAAUAAACUUUUAAAUACA